AAACGAGCUUAUUCAUCUUAACAAUCUCAUUUCUCUCAACCUUGGGAGGAAUCAAUUAGAAGGCUUCUUGGAAGGAAUUUGGAAUUGGAGUUCCCUUGCAUCUUUGGAUCUAUCAAUGAAUCACUUCGCUACCUUCCUCCCAAGCCAAUUAUCCACUUUAACUGCCCUAAUUUCACUUGAUCUUCACGGCAAUCACUUUCGAGGUUCUAUCCCAAGCUCUAUUGCCAGCAUUUCCAACCUUCAACAUCUUGAUCUGUCUUAUAACAACCUUAGCUCCUCUUUACCAAGUGAAGUAUUCACAUUGAAGGACUUGAUUUCACUUGAUACAAGCAAUAAUCACUUAAAUGGUCCAAUUCCAAGCACAGUUGGCAACUGUACCCAGCUAAAAUACCUUUUGCUAAAUAGUAAUGCUCUAUCUGGUUCAAUUCCACCAAGUUUAGGAAGAUGUACCCAGCUCAAAGAACUUUCGCUAAGUGAUAAUGCUCUAUCUGGUUCAAUUCCACCAAGUUUAGGAAGAUGUACCCAGCUCAAAGAAUUUUCGCUAAGUGAUAAUGCUCUAUCUGGUUCAAUUCCACCAAGUUUAGGAAGAUGUACCCAGCUCAAAGAACUUUCGCUACGUAAUAAUUCUCUAUCUGGUUCAAUUCCAUCAAAUUUAGGAAAACUGUCAUCCUUGGAGUUCUGGGAUGUAUCUCACAACAAACUCACUGGAACUCUUCCUGAAAGUCUUGGGCAGCUUUCCAAACUUGAAGAGCUUCGUAUUUACGACAAUUUAAUGGAAGGCAUUGUGAGUGAGAGUCACUUAGACAAUCUGACAGCUUUAAGGUAUUUUUAUGCAUCUGAAAACUCUUUGACCUUAAAAGUAAGUGCAAGUUGGACUCCUCGUGCCCAAUUUGAAACACUUGCGUUGAGUUCGUGGAAGCUGGGUCCCCAAUUUCUUACAUGGAUCCGAUCACAAAAAUUCCUUCAGUAUUUGAACUUGUCAUUCACGGGAAUUUUAGAUACCAUUCCACCUUGGUUUUUCAACUCAUCAUUGGAUACCGUAGACCUUUCUCACAAUCAAAUCCACGGAGGCAUCUCUCACGUUUUGUGUGAAGUGAAGAAUGAAAAUCAUGAUCUUUUGUAUCUGGAUCUUCGGGAGAAUUCUCUAUCAGGAGAAAUUCCUGACUGUUGGAUGAAUUACCCAGGCUUGUUUCACAUCAACCUCAACAGCAAUAACUUCACCGGAAGCAUUCCAAGGUCAUUGUUUCAUUUGGAAGGUCUGGACCAUUUAGGCUUGGGUAACAACAGUCUCACUGGUCCGAUAACCUUUGACUUUGUAAAUCAUGAAUAAAUAUGUGGAGGCAUUUGAUGUUUGAUCCUAUGGGUAAAAAUAAGAUAGACAUCAAAAGUGACUUUGUGGGCUGUUGGCUAUGUAGAAAAUGUUGUAAUUUUUAACCGUAAUGGAUGAUGCACCAGUGUUUUGAA